CACCAGUUCAAGCUGACCUCUGCAUGUGAUAAAGAGCCUCCGGGAGGACACGCUGAGCUCCUGGCUGCAGAUCCCUCGGCCUCCUGCAGAGGGAGACACACUGUCCAGCACAAAAACCAGGCAGCAGCAGCAAGUGCGGUGCAACCGACCUGAGAGGAGCGGACGCUGUUCCGCCGUCGUGAGGAAACACCGCACAGAUGAAGGGACCCUCGCGGAUAACUAUCACAUAUUCCUCCGUUUGAUUAUUGCUACACAUCAAAAAACGCAUUGUCCUUCCUCUCACCGGGAUCGCGCCGUCGCUCUGAAUCUUUCGUACGGAGGGCUUUCCUGUUUUUCCUCCGGGAGGCUGAAUGGAAGCAGCAGCCGAGGGAGCGGUCGGGCUGUCCGAGGCCAGGGACGGGAGCCCUCUGUCCGGGGCCACAGCAUCCGAUGAUGGGGACACCGUCGUUGGUGUUAGCUACGGGAUGGACGCCACAGACAUGGAUGCUGCCGCUAGGAAAGCCUUCAUCACAGAGAUGCCCUCAUCCUCAGGCCAGCCUGGUCAGGGAAAGAAGAUUGGCCACAGAGGGGUGGAUGCAUCAGGGGAAACUACCUACAAGAAGACCACAUCCUCAGCCUUGAAAGGUGCCAUCCAGCUGGGCAUCGGUUACACAGUGGGCAACCUGAGCUCCAAGCCUGAGAGAGAUGUGUUGAUGCAGGACUUCUACGUGGUGGAGAGCAUCUUUUUCCCCAGUGAAGGCAGCAACCUCACUCCAGCCCACCAUUUCCCGGACUUCCGCUUUAAAACAUACGCUCCCGUGGCCUUCCGCUACUUCAGAGAACUGUUUGGCAUCAGGCCAGAUGACUACCUGUACUCCCUCUGUAAUGAGCCUCUGAUUGAGCUGUCCAAUCCUGGAGCGAGUGGCUCGGUCUUCUAUCUCACGAGGGACGACGAGUUCAUCAUCAAGACUGUGAUGCACAAGGAGGCGGAAUUCUUACAGAAACUACUGCCUGGAUACUACAUGAACUUGAAUCAGAACCCUCGCACUUUGCUGCCCAAGUUUUUCGGCCUCUACUGUGUCCAGUCGGGCGGUAAGAAUAUCCGCGUGGUGGUGAUGAACAACGUCCUUCCCCGCGUAGUUCGCAUGCACCUCAAAUACGACCUGAAGGGCUCCACCUACAAGAGGCGAGCAUCCAAGAAGGAAAGAGAGAAGGCCAGGCCCACUUUCAAAGACCUGGACUUCAUGCAAGACCUGCAGGACGGACUGAUGCUGGACCAGGACACAUACAACGCGCUGGUCAAGACCCUACAGAGAGACUGCCUGGUGCUGGAAAGCUUUAAGAUUAUGGACUACAGUCUGCUGCUCGGGGUUCACAACAUGGACCAGGCAGAGAGGGAGAGGCAGAUGGAAGGCUCCCAGGGCGAAAGCGAUGAGAAGAGGCCCGUGGCCCAGCAGAAGGCCCUGUACUCCACCGCCAUGGAGUCCAUCCAGGGAGGAGCGGCCUGCGGAGGGUCCAUCGACACUGACGACACGAUGGGCGGUAUCCCAGCUGUGAAUGGAAGAGGGGAGAGACUUCUUCUCUACGUCGGAAUCAUUGACAUCCUGCAAUCCUACAGGCUAAUCAAGAAGCUGGAGCACACAUGGAAGGCUUUGGUUCAUGACGGGGACACUGUAUCAGUCCACCGGCCAGGCUUCUACGCCGACAGGUUCUUCAAGUUCAUGAGCAGCACAGUUUUCAAGAAGAGCUCCUCUCUGAAGUCAUCGCCAUCCAAGAAGGGCCGUGUGUCGUUGUCAGUGCCUAAGUGUGCUGGUCCUGGUGCAGCCUGGUCAGCCAGCCAGCUCCCCUCGGAGCGAGACGAAAACAUCUACGACCUGAGAGGAGCUCGCAGCUUCCCGACGCUGGAGGAUGAGGGGCGACCAGAUCUUCUUUCAUGUACUCCUCCAUCGUUUGAAGAGGCCACCACAGCAUCAAUUGCCACCACCCUCUCCUCCACCACCUCUCUGUCCAUCCCCGAGAGAUCCCCCUCUGACACUGCCGAGAACCCCCGCUACAGGAGGCACACCCAGUCUCUCACCCAUGACGGAAGGACCCAGGAGGAGCUGCGGGUGCGUGAGGAUGAUCAGCAGACCAUCACAGUGGAGGUGGAGUUGAAGAGACGCGACAGCGAGCCCACCCUUUCCGUUCCACAGCCUUCCCCUGAAACCAGUGAGGUCGAGGAAGGAGCUGGCACAGAGGCUGCCGACGCCGCUGCAGCAGCACCCUCCAGCUCUUCACCAGCACCUGAAGCGGCCUCCUCCUCCUCCUUGUCUGCCCCAGCUGCUCCCUCUUGUUCAGGGGCAGCCAUUGAAGCCCCGUCCAGUCCCAAGGUAGUGAUGGAGGCAGACAGGGCCAGCCAGAUGUCCGGUUCAGGGUGCACCAGCCAGGCUUCAGUCGAUGAUGAAGAUGAUGUGCCAAUCACAGAUAUCUACUUUUUUCCUGAUGGGAGGACCUGGGUGGUCUCUCCUUUCCGACAGAGGAGAAAAUGCCAGUCCAGUUUACCACCUCAAGACGACAGGACCUGGGUGUACUCUCCGCUACACUAUGGCUCAGAGUCUAAGGCCCUGCCAGAUGGGGAUUGGGAAAGAGAGACAUAAGCCCUGUUCUCUGGCAGAGAGGAGCGAACGUCUCAUUGGAGAGGACUCAUCGGUCUGAAGUCCAGACCUCAGCGGUAGCAGCAGGAUCUCUGUCUGAACCAGGAUUUUAAACAUGCAUACAGAAACCGAACACUCUGAGGGGGAAAGUGACUUGCGUAACCAGAGAGGUGGGGGGGGGGAUCCUGACAGUGAUGAACAUCACUGAUUUCCAACCAUCCCUGCCUUUCACCCUUGACAAAUGACAAAUUAUAUCAAUUUAAUAAUAAUGUGUAUGUGUGACAUACAGUAGUGCGUAUACGGCUGUAGUCCUAUAUGUUUGACAUACAAGAAAGACCAUAGUAACUUACUGUGCCUAUGAGAAGUAUUCACCCCACUUGGAAGUUUUCAUGGCCACAUUAAAUCCCCUUCGAUUCAAUGUUAUAAAACAAUAAAACAUGAUAACUUCCAAGCGGGGUGAAUACUUUUUUAUAGGUACAGAUACAGGAUGUUCUAGUUCACACAGGCACAGCACUCUGACAGGCUCUACAGGCUUGGCCACUCACUGCCCCUCACCUGGAAAGCAGCUUAAACAACUGAAAGACAGUUCAACUACACAAAAAGAUAGAUUAUCACUUUCACCUUUGGGUCAAGAUUGGCCUCGACUCUCGCAAUGCCGCUGCUCGUCCUGCUCAGGUCUCCUUGCUGCCUGUGACGUCCAUCUGAGCGUAUAGGACAUGCUGCCACAUAUAGACUGCAGUGUGCUGAGUGCGGAGUGAGUGUUGGGUCCUGUGGUGUCAGAGGGCUCUGCUUGUGCUCAUAGAACUGGAGUUGCACCGAUAACCAUCGUUUGGUAAAAAAAAGGACAUCUGGACUCUGUCGUCCUUACAUUUCCAGUAGUGAAUAUAUGCAGUUUAGUUUAUGGAGGAAAGGGUUUAAGUGCAUCAUUUCCUUUAGUGAAUAUAUGCAGUGAUCAUAAGUUGUUUCAUUCGUAGCAUUAUAAUUUCUUCUUUUACUGCUGGUCGCUUCUAUUUAUUUGUCCAUUUGUAUUUUAUUCCAAACUUUACUGUUUUCUGUUACUUUUGUACUUCUUUUUUUUUUUUAUUUGCAUCCAAAGAAUGUUCUCUUUUUGUUUUUCUAUAAUUCCAUCUCUGCAGCUUUUUAUUUUCCCUGUUGUUUUUUUUACAUCACGUGUUUGUCGUGUAAACUCUAAACUACUUUUUUCACUACUUCUCUUGUGUGGAAACGGCUGAGGCUUAUGACUCCUGCCUUCAUAACCGAAGGCAUCAGUCACAACACUAAGGCAGCAGACAUUGUCAGUCAUUAUAGUAACCUUCACAUCAUUGCAAUGUCUUCCAGUGUUGCCCUAUUUUUGGACAGAUGCACACAAAUCAUUUGUAACAAUAUAAAUUCAUAUUUUAUUUUAGGUGGAAAAAUAAUAAGCAUAUCAGUGAAAGUUGCUAUAUCUGGUCGCCCUCACCUCCAUAAUAAGAAAUCCAUUGACUGGAUAUUUCAAAUGUUUGUAGAUGUAGAGCAUCAGUUGUAGUAUUUGCAGUUGAUAUCGUACCUGUUAUCUGUAUAUUUGAAUGAACACACAGUGUUGACUUGGUGAGACACAGCAGUUUGUUAAUGGGUUGAAUGUUGUUUGCACUUAUCAAGAGGACCUGAAAAUGAACUAGUGAUAGAGGCCAAAUAAACAUACAUUACUUUGUUUCUGCUCACACGGGCUGAUAUUUAGGCAGCAUUUCUUUUAUGAUUAUUAAGUGAGCGUGUGUGCUGGUGAAGUCAAUCACAGUCAUUGUAAGUGUUUACUGUAGUCUCUCUGUGGCUGACAUCUUAGGACUCUCAAGUAAGACAUGUUAAAGUUCAACAAACUGAUUUUUUAAAAUCUAACUUCAGAAACUGUGUCUUCAGUUGGUUGGUACGUUUCUGAGCGUGUUAGUGUGUACCGGAGGAAACAUCAGUGUCAGACAUUGUAAAAUAGAAAUCAGUUUGUUCCCAUGACGUGCAGUGGCCAGUUGUAAUCAGUUUGCUGUCAUUCAUCAGAUGGAGACCAUAGCAGCAAUAUUUUGUACAGUCUAGCUUUUAAGUUCAUUUGUAUUGCCUUAUUGAGAAAUGUUACAUGUAGGCCUAUCGUUUAUAUAUUUUUUUUCACUUGUGCUGUUGUAUUUAUUUUUCUUUCUCAUAGUUGUGCUCCUGAGAAUGUGUACAUACAAUUAUAAAUACAUAUAUAAAGAUAUACAGAUAUAUUUUCCAUUUGAAUCGGAGAAUAUUAUUUUUAUUUGGUUUUAUUUUUGCUGCUGGGCAAGAAAUGAUUGCAAUCUACAUAAUUUACUGUACCAUUGUCUUCAGCGUGUUUAUUGAGAUGCAGCUGCUGUAUAUUUAUGGUCUAUAAACCACAGCUGUUUCUUUAUAAGAUAUCCAACAUUGAAAGAUUUGUGGGUUUUACUGUACAUGCAAAUCAAUAGGGAUUCUUCCAACUGUUUGAUCUGUGUUGUGUAUGUGUUUUCAAAUCGCUGUGUGCCCUCAUCCAAUAGGGAGAGUCCUUGACAGAGACAUAGCAUGAUUUCAAAAUGAAUAUGCAUAUCAGAAAUGUGUAUUUAUGUAUAUCUGUGUAUAUUCAUCUAUUUAUACAUGAGGAUAAAUAGAUGGCUGUAUGUGCGUGUGUGUUUGGACUCAUUCAGAAUGAAUACAAAAUAAAGCAGUUCUAUGAAUUGUUCAUGGAGAUGAUGUCA